AUGUUUCCCCAACUCAAAAUCCUAUCGCUUCGAGCGAUCCUAUCCCUAUGCUACUUCACCCGCACCACCUUCGCCUUACCACCACCAUAUUCCCCCAACUCCACCCGCCACAACCUCCGCUCUACAUUCGCAACCACAGCAGAAGCCCUCGACCUUUCCACCCUCUCCACGCUAAACCUCACAUCCGCCCAAAUCUCCGAAGAAACAGAAUACUACCGUCUCACUCCCUCAAAUCUAGAGGCUUCAGGCGUCAUCCCCUGGUACGCAAACUGGACGCUGACCGCGCGCAACGACCCGGAAUUCGCAGCCAAAGGCGAGAUCCAAUGGUUCGUCGAGUCCAUGAUGGGAGUUGUGAAUUUCGACUGCUCGAUGAACCGCCCUGGGCCGUGUCGAGAGAUGCCGUCGUUGGCGGAUCUGAAAGUGCAAUUUCAGUGUGAUGAGCGGGGUGUAAGGGGGAGUUGCGAGGAGAAUAGGAAUCAUAUAAGGAGGUUGGAUUUCAUGAAGUGGUUUAUUACCGAUCAGCAUGAUUUGGCCCAGCAUCGGGAGAAAGUUGCGAAUCUGGUGUCGGAGAGAGCGAGACCGAUCAUUCCAGAUUUGAUUAGAUAUUUGGCGUAUCAUACGGAUCCGGACUUGGAUAAUGUUUGUAAAUGGCAGUUGGAGGGGUUUCGAGCCUUUGUGUCUCUUGUAAGUAUGGCAGCCGACCCAAUGCUCAUGUCGGGUAUAGAGGGUGCCUUCAAAGCUUUCCUACCACUCGCUGUUCUUAAAACUAGAGACGGGGCGACUGGAAAGGACAGAGAUCUCGCUGGUCCUGCUCGCGCUGAGACUCUCGAUCCGCCAGUGGCGUUUGGACCUUCGUCGGGAUCUGGGCCUCCAUUAGGAUCUGGUCCAUCUACAAACCGAGAAGCUCCUCCGCCACCUACACGUCCUCCACCUCCUCCACCUGUCUCCAACCCUCCUCCUAACCCAGAAGUUCCUCAACCUCCUACACGUCCUCCACCUCCUCCACCUCCUCCACCUCCUCCACCUGACUCCCCUCCGGCUACCAAUCCAGAACUUCCCCAUCCCCAACCCCCACCAGAAUCAGGACCCUCGCCGAACCCAGAACAACCUCACCCUCCCCCCUCAGCCCCCGCUCCCCCCAACCCAGAAGCCCCCCAACCUCACCCCCCCAUCCCCUCCAAACCCGCCCCCUCCAAACCCCCCUCCAAGUCCGACCCCGUAAAAGCCGCCUUCAAAAACGCAAUCUGGCAAGUCAUCCUCGGCCAAUUCACACGUCUCGCUACCGAAUUCGCCACAAAACCUGGCGUAGGCUACCAAGUAAAACGGGGCUUCAUGAUCGUGCCUUCCGACAACAGUCCCAUGAUCUGCAGCGGCUUCGCGAACAAUUUCCCGAAUUUUGAUUUGGAAAAUAAAGAGAACGCGAUGAAAUUCCUGGAGGAACUGCACGGCGAUGCAAUUAAAGCCAUCGGUGUUAGUUAUAAGACGAUCUACGAUGGGGUGUUUCCCGUGGACGGCGAGGCGAGUCUCGCGGCUGCGAUAUUGGAGGAGCAGAAUUGGUUGGGGGAGGGAGGGACGAGGGAGUUGUUGCGGGGGAGUGAUAUUAGUGGGAUUGUGGAGGCUGAGGCAGAGAAACUCCUUCGAUAUAUGGCCGGCCAAGUCCUAAGUCUCGACGAAAACGUCGUAACAUGCGGCUACUUCGACGAAAUUUGCGCCAUCGACCAAACGCGGCCGGGAUUCAAACACAAUGACUUCUCCGACGGUCUCUUCUGUCCCAUCCCUGGCUCCAAAAUGAAAUGUAUGAGCGCGCGUCUCUACCAGGCCGCCAACGAUCUCUUCAUCAUCGGCUCCACCGCCCUGAACGGGAUCCCGAGUUUCGCAAAGGCAAAUCCGGAGUUCAAUUGGGAGUAUAAGGAUUUCAUGAUAGGUUCUGUUAAUCGGACGAUGCAUAAUGAGACAGGCAGGGAAGCUGGCUAUGCGUUUGAUGUGUCGACGUGUAUGGGUGAUCGAUCUGUGCAGGAGGACUACACGGUUAAAGAUCUACGCCAUAACAGACGUUCGACUUUCCCUGUCUUCUGCGGCGACCAUCGCGGGAAAGACACUCUCGCGUUCUUGCAAAAGGCGAUAGGAUAUCGAGUCCCGACCCCCAACGAUCCACACCCAGUCAUCGGACUCUCUUCGCAAUUCUACCGCGACAUCCUCCCACGCUCCAUGGACACACUCGGCCCCGGCUCCAAAUUCGCACUCCUCUGCCACCUCGGCUUCCGCUGGCCCAAGCAGGACGAGUUCAACGUCUUCCAAGCUGGUGCGGAUCCGGCUUGCGGCGAGUACAUGGCAGCAGUUGAAACCAUGAGUUAUGAUCAGCACAUGCGGUUUGCGUGUACGAGUCCCUUGACGGCGGCGUUUCGGCACAAGAUGAACGAGAGGCUGUAUAUGAAGUACGGCGAUUGGAUUGAUCCGCCGAGUGACAUGUGUGCGAAGUGGUUGAAGAAGUUCCCGGUCGCGGGGAGUGCGGAUGCUGGAUAUUAUAGGAAUUUGCCGGGUGGGAGUUGA